GUGGACAUGAUCAUGUGGUAUAGACUAGUUACAGUCAAGUCAAACAUAAAGCUGAGUUGGGAGUUGGGAGAUUGAGCUGAACCGACUGAGAGGAGAUGGCAGCGGCAGCGACGGCAACGCCGUUAAGUCUUCCAAUCAUAGACCUCUCUUCACCUGAUCGUAUUUCCACAGCCAAUUCCAUUCGCCAGGCUUGCAUUGAGCAUGGUUUCUUUUACAUUGUGAACCACGGUUUGGACAACGAGUUUGUGAGGGAAGUGUUUGAUCACAGUGCCAAGUUCUUCUCACUUCCACUCCAACACAAAAUGAACUUAGCUCGCAAAGAAUACAGAGGUUAUUCUCCUCUCUAUGCCGAGAAGCUUGAUCCUACUUCUCUCUCCAAAGGUGAUCCUAAAGAGAGCUAUUACGUUGGUCCUUUAGCGGAUACCGCAAGUUUGAAUCAAUGGCCUUCUGAGGAAUUACUGCCAAAUUGGAGACCUACAAUGGAAUCCUUAUAUUGGAAAGAACUGGGAGCAGGAAAAGAGCUUCUGUCUCUAAUUGCCCUGUCAUUGAAUCUGGAUGAAGAUUACUUUGAGAAGAUAGGUGCCAUAAGAAAACCAUCAGCUUUUCUUCGCCUUCUGCACUAUCCAGGUGAAAUGGGAUCUGGUGAAGAGAUAUGUGGUGCCUCUGCUCAUUCAGAUUAUGGCAUGAUCACUCUCCUAGUGACUGACGGUGUUCCAGGACUACAGAUCUGCAAGGAUAAGUUCAAACAACCUCAAGUCUGGGAGGAUGUGGCUCAUGUGGAAGGGGCACUAAUUGUGAAUAUUGGGGACUUAAUGGAGAGGUGGACAAAUUGUAUAUACCGGUCAACACUUCACAGGGUUAUGCCAACGGGAAAAGAACGCUAUUCUGUAGCGUUCUUCUUGGACCCGCCCUCAGAGUGUCUAGUUGAGUGCUUUGAAAGUUGCUGCAGUGAAUCUUCUCCCCCCAGGUUCCCUCCAAUACGUAGUGGGGACUACUUGAAUGAACGGUUCAGGCUCACAUAUGGUUCUGAAAGAGAUCUAAAAUGCUCAUCCAGUUAAGGAACACGUGAGCUGCAAACAAAAAAUAUGAAAAACAUGUGGAGUGCAAAGGUUAAUCAGAAAACCUUUGCUUCAAUUUAAUUUAAUUUGUAAAGAGUGCUCUAUGACUGGUUGUGUAUGCAUGUGGUUUUUGCCACAUGAGAUAGAGUGAUCGAGUCUAUUAUUGAUGUUUUUUGGUGUUGAUAUUGUUGUUAGUAGAAAACAUACUGUUUAUGCUUGCAA